AUUUAUAAAUUAAUACUUCUGGAAAAAAUAAUUAAAAAGACAAAAACAGUAAUAACGGGGAUGAUAAUGACAAAAAAAAUAAUCUAUUCAAAAAAGAUGAUAUUGAUUUACUUGCGAACUUUAUAAUUCCAUAAAAUCUUGAUUUUAGAAUAGUCAGUUUAAAUUCAGAAUAUGCAAAUUUAAUUAGUGAUUUGCUAAUUUUAGGUGCACCUGCAUUUACAAAAUAUAUUAUUAAUGUUGAAAAUUAAGACGAGAAAAAAAAUCUAGUAAAUCUUAUUACAAAUUAAUUCGUUUCCUAUAAAGAUAUUAGCGAAAGAUUAAAUUAGAUAUUCCAUUAAAUGAAUGAAGUAUAAUAAAUGAAUGAUAUUAAGGAUAUUAUUAUGUAUGCUAAUACUAAUUUUGCUUAAAUUUUUAAUGCUUAAAGAUGUCAUUUAUGGAUUGUAGAAAAGUAAAGUGGAUUAUUGUAAACUUUUAUAGGAAACGCUAUUACUAUAAAAUGUAUUAUUAAUAAAGGAUUAAUUGGGGAUGUAUUUUAUAAAAAGCAAGCGAUUAAUUCUAAAACUGCUAAAUGUAAACCUCUGUUAUUUAAAAUUCAAAAUGGAAUAAAUAAAGAAGAAACUGAAUAUGUUGAUUGCACUUUAUUAAUUCCUAUUUUUUGUGAUAUUGAUAAUAAAUAUAUUAAAGGUAUUUUAGAAAUAAGUAAUUCUUAAAAUGAUUUGUUUAGUUUUGAUGAAGAAUAUUUAGGAAUAAUUCUUUCAUAUAAUUUAUCUUUUAUAAUAAGAAAUAUUAUUUUAAGAUAAACUUUGGAAAGUGAAAUUAAAUUUAGAUAAUUAUUAUUUGAUGCUUAUGAAUAAUUUAUUUAAUGCAAAGAUAAAUGGCAAUUUACUAUAAAAGUUUAAUAAUGGAUUUAAAUGAUAUUCGGAGUUAAUCUCAGUGUAUUUUAUUUUAUUGAAGAUUCCAAAAUGAUUUCAUAUGCUUAAAAUAAAGAAAAAUAAAUAUUUACAUAUAAUCAUGGAUUAGCAGGAAUGGUGGCAAAAGAAAUGAAACCAUAUAUUAUUCAUGAUAUUAAAUCAAAUAAUACUUAUAAUUAACUUGUUGAUUUAACAAGCAUUCUACCUAUUUAUGUAGUUCCUUUAGUUAGUAAUGAAAAAAAAGAAGUUUAUGGAGUAAUUGAAAUAGCAUUAAAAAACUAAUACAAGUCGAAAAAAGAAAAAAACAGUUUACUUGAUGGAUAUAAUUCUUCAUACGGAAUGGAUGAAAAUUUAACAAAUAUUUUUAAUUAGUUUGCUUCUUUAGUUAUGCAUGCUAUAAAAAAUAAUUUUUUUAAUUGAAAAUAAAUAUAUAGUUUAUAUUAAGUGUUC